GUUAUGAUAAACAAAUUCUGAAACGUCAAACGCAAAAAAGUACACAAAACGUAAACAAAGGUGCCGGAAGUUGUAGAUUCUACGAUAUUUUGCUGCAAUAUUUACCCUCCAUGUAACGGAAGCCGCAGAAACUGCAAUAGAAAUGGACGCUCAACAGCAAAGCAUUAUAGCGCCGAAGAUGUUUAUUAACAUCAGUGUCCUUUCGAUUGCGCUGAACUCGUCGUUUUUUGGUUAUUUGCUCUACAGCAACCGUCUGUAUGAUGUAGGAAAGUGUUGUUCAUCCGCUGUGCUGCUAAUUUUACCACUCUCGGAGGUAUUGAAACAUUUGUACAUCAAACGCACCUUUCAACUAGAAACCGGACCGAAACCCACCGCACAACCAUCGACUGGAAGGGGCUCGGGAGCAGCGAAUGCAAAAGUCACCAAAGCACUCUGGAGCGAAUGGUUUGGUUCUGCGGUUCUAUUUGCACUGGCCACACUUUUCUAUGCUUUCAUAUGCGUUGUCGUUGGUGCACCACUGGAUCAGUAUGAAGAAACGCUAUCCCUAGCAGUGACACUGACGACUGUAACCAUAUUUCCGAUCAUUCUGCUCAUUGGGCAAUCGCAAACCUAUCAACUGCUGCUAUCGGAAACGCUGGAAUUGAAGAGCCCGCUCGCGAACAGUUACUUAAACUUGCUUAAGAACAAUUGUAUUGGUGUGAUUUUGGGUGCCUGGGGAGCGUCAGUUGUAGCACCGCUAGAUUGGGAUCGACCAUGGCAAGUCUAUCCCAUCCCCAAUGUGGUCGGCUCUAUAGGAGGACUGUUCGGGAUGAAUGUGUUUAAUCUGCUGAGCACGUCGUACAUUGCUAUGUACCGCAACCGGCGAAGCAAAACUCCGUAACACUACAGUAUUCGUGCCACAAAGGAAUGCAUAUCUAGUCUUGUAAGCCAAAAUAAACCUUAAUCCAUAUAAAUAAUGAUA